AUGCGGAGCUGCUGGGACAAGGAUUCGGCCCGCAGGCCUGGCUUCAGGGAACUGUGCGAGACACUGAAAGGUCUUCUGUCGGAGCUGCCGGUUCUGGAGGCCAGCCAGGAGGCCAGCUACAUCAACCAAGGCCUGGAGGUUGCUGCUGCAGCUGCAGCUGCCUCUCAGGAUCCACAAACAGACUCUGGGGGAAGAUGGGAAAAUGUCUACCUGCCUUCUCCCGUGGGUGCUGCUGCAGCCAGAGAUGAGCAUGUGGAACUGACAGCUCGCUCGUGCCUUACCGUGUCGGCUGUGGCACGCGACCUUUCACGGGACAAACAGACGGAAAGUGCAGUGUUUGAAACGAGAUCCCCAACGGUUGUUAUAUGGAUUUCUAAUCUUUUCUCCCUUGCUGUCAUAUCCUCUCUCUCUCUCUCUCAGUGGGACACUGCAGGUCAGGAGAGGUUCCGUACCAUCACCUCCAGUUAUUACCGUGGAGCCCACGGCAUCAUAGUUGUAUAUGAUGUGACAGAUCAGGAGUCCUACAACAACAUCAAGCAGUGGCUUCAGGAAAUCGACCGCUACGCCAGUGAAAAUGUCAAUAAGCUUCUGGUGGGCAACAAGUGUGACCUGACCACUAAGAAAGUAGUAGACUACACAACAGCCAAGGAGUUCGCCGACUCUUUGGCCAUCCCCUUCCUGGAAACGAGCGCCAAGAACGCCACCAAUGUAGAGCAGGCCUUCAUGACCAUGGCCGCGGAGAUCAAGAAGCGCAUGGGCCCCGGGGCCACGGCCGGCGGUGACAAGCCCAACUUAAAAAUCGAGAGCACCCCCGUGAGGCAGUCCGGUGGGGGCUGCUGUUAGAGGACCCCUCGCCCCCCACCACCUUCACAACCAUCUCCACUUUCUUCCCCUUUUGUGUUCCCUUCUGUCAUCUCUGCCACUCCCAGACCACGCCAUUCCUCCAUAACACCCUGUAACCCACAACUGACUCCCCUCUAUCAGCCUGCCUGGAGAUCCGGCGACGGUUGGCCAGACAGAGGAGUAAACUGUUAGUGUUAACAUCCGGAAAGAGUUAAUUCAGGCCUGCACACCCAGCAGACCACAGAGAGAGGAAGGCAACCAGUCUGUGAGGGAGAGACAGAAAUGGACACCGAGGCAACUUUUACUUUCUGCCAAGAGGACAGAAAGAAAACAGAUCCGGGGGAAGAUUGAUAUUGAUUUAGAGUGGAAUGGAGGCAGUGGAAGAUUAGAUUUAAAUAUCGGUGAGCUUAUCUUCACACUCACACACACACACACACACACACACACACACACACACACUGUCGUGGGGUGGCAGGGGGUUAAAGAGAUUCAAGCCUUUUGGCUAAACACCUUCCUCCUCAGGCUGUCUUUGCUGAUCUCAUCUUAUGGCAAUCCCCACACCUCGCCCCAGCGUAAACGUAUUUACCUGCACACACAGGUGCAGUGUGCCUCAGUCACACACUCUAAAUGCUCUGUACACAGUAGGAAAUGUUCCUCAAUAGCAGUAACAGUGAGUCAUCUUUUCCAUUUAUUGAAGAAAGCCUCCUCUUCCCUUGCUUCCACUCUCACUGUCUUAAGGUGUGUUUAGACAGAAAGGGAAUUUUCUGAUCAAUUCAAUGGAAUUUGGCAAGCAAACAACCAGUGUACCAACUGAUGUGAUGUUAGCUGUAAGCUAGCUAGAAAUGGACUCUCCGACCGUGCGUGUAUGUGUUCAACUCAGCCUCUGAUUGAACUUCUUUUGUUAUUUCUCUCAAGUCUCUCUUCAUAUUCCACCGUCUCUGAGAUUUUUUGCUCGAGUGGAAACCUUUUCUGCGACACUACUACCAGACGUGUCUUCGCCUCAGUUGGAUGAAUUUGUGUCUGUUCAUGCCCAUUUAAGUCUUUAUAUCGACUUUACACGCAUUUGCACCAGCUGUGAAGUUCACCUUGCGUUCUAUCUGAGCACACCUUUGCAGUCUCAAUACUUCUAGCAUACUAGGAGGAGCUGUAUAUACAGACAACAGAAGUAGUUGUGUGAACAAAAAAAGAGAGCUUGCUUUCAAAACCCCUCACACGUAGCUAAUUGACCCUUCCUGAGUCCCACCCCUCAGCUUCCUCUUUUACUGUACUUAGAUAUGCUAUGUGUUAGGCUUGUAAUUUAUAUAAUUAGUUUGCUAGAGUAUUGCUAGCACUAGCUUUCAGAUAUAUAGGUCACUUUUAUCUUUUAACCAUUCUUGAAUUGUCUUUUCAAAGUAGCCUAGCCUAGCACAUAGCAUAUCUAAGUACAGGAAAGGAGGAAGUUGACAAAGGCAAAAAGGGGUGGGGGUACAUAAAUCGUAAAUUGCAAUCCCUUAAUUCCACCAUGAAGCAUACUGGUCAGAAGUUGGCAAAGCAAAAUUUAUUUUGCACUCUCAUUUAACAAGCUAGGUAGCAUAGCGACUACUUGUGGGGCUAGUUGGCAAGCUGCUGGGGCCUGUGAGCAAACAAGCCAGCUAGCUUGUUCCCUCAAGACACAACCUCCAAUGUACCAUCGACUCUUGUCUGUUAACCAUGUCUCAUAUAUAAAAGUGGAUGGUACAACACAGCUAACAUGAUAGCCUCCUCCACUUUGUUCCCUCAAAAGUCAGAAGAUGGCAUGCGAUUUCUCGAUGGCACAAAUGAUUGCAUCAAAAAGAAUCAACAAAGUUAAACUAAGGAAAAGCUUUGUGUACAUUUAAUUCACAGUGAUUCCACUGAAAUAAAUUGGUUUCGGCUCAAAAUGUUGCUGUUAUUAAUGCUGGUGUGACCAGGCCCAGUUAUGAGAUCACACGCAGGAGAAAGAUCUCCAUGCAAAGAUAGACUGUAGUACUUGCUGGGAGCAGUAACCGAGGCAUUCUUUAACCAAACCCCCUGCAGGAACCAUUGGUGGGUCAGUUGAUUCCACAUGUAUAUGUCAGAGCUGGGAUGGAGGUGGUUGUCAUGGCCAUAUAUGGUGUUAGUUUUUUCUUUUUUUAGUCUUCAAAGGAAUAAUUUCAAGUGUAAAAGAAAGUAAUGUGACAAAAUGCUGUGACAUUUAGCACGGUGACUUCCUGGAAUGACACUAAACAUUACAGUCACUCUGCCCAUGGAUAUGACGAGAGUGAGGGUGUGUGACAUCUUUGACAAACAGAAGCAAUUGGCGGUAUUCUGCAUUGAUCUUACAGUUACUCUUUUAUUAUUGUUGUGGUUUGAUUGUUUUUUAUUUUCUCAUCGAGAGAUAAUUCGUACAGUUAGCUUCAACUGUCACGUUCAGUACUUGACAGGUAGGUUUUAGGGUGUCGUUUCGUUCUGGCUUGUUUGCAGAUGAAGCUGAGGUAGAGAUGUGGUGUGGGUGUGUCUGUUGGCUGAGGGGGUGGGGUCUUACUGAAGCUGCUGUUCCUUCCCCGAGGUUGUCCCGUUUGUCAUAGCUGUGUCCCAUUGUCUUUUAUGUUCCUGUGUAUUUCUGGUUUCUUAUCAAAUGCUCUAAUGCUCCAGUUUGUGCCACUUGUGUAAUCCGUCUUUCUACAUUUGAUUCCUCAACAAUAACUACUAAGGUCUCAAUAUGCUUUAAAUGAACAAGGUUGUACGAAAUGUUGUCCCACAUCA